GCCAUCUUUGUUUAUGCUGUCCAUGUUGGCUCUCUUUUUUUUCCUCAUAGAAUGGCAUCUAGAAAAGUCGUGCGCGUUGUAGUUGGCCUGGCAGCUGGAACGUUACUUACUGUUAAGGCAUUUCCACACAUUUAUCCACACGAAUACGUUAAGAGGCUUAUGGAACUCAAAGUGAACUCGACAGAAAUGCAGGUCCCAGAUCGUUGCAGAGAACAGCUCGAAAGGAUUGCUCCCAAAAUUGGGGUCAAUCAGAGUGAAAAGAUCACAUUUUUCGUGUCCAAGUCUCUGUUUCCCAUGUCUGCUGGAGCAACGUGGCUUCCCAACGGUGCUGUAAUUGGAGUGCCUUUGUCUUUCUUUUUCAAGCAAGAACAAGAUAUUGCAAGGUUUAGACAAAUCACCAAUAUGAACAGUGGUAAGGGACCUCUUUAUUUAGAAGGCAAGAUCGGUGCUAAAUUGAAGGACACACUUAUCAUGUCUGAUGAUAACGUGGCAUUCCUCAUCGGCCAUGAGCUCAGUCAUAUAAAGUGCGUGGAUUUAGCACCGCAAAUUUUAUUAGCACCUUCCUGGUUGUAUGUGACAUUUGAAAUUGCCAACUCGACCCGAAGAGUCAUUCCUAGAGCUUCAGUCUUUGUAGAUGGCAUUAUCAAAAUCUCUGUGUGUUUCCUCAGUUAUCUUUGUUAUUGGAAGGCUCAACGAUAUCUAAAUCAUUAUCAAGAAUUCAAAGCAGAUGAGAUGUGUGCGAGAAGUGACCUGAAUGUCGCCGAGGGUGGAGCCGACUGGAUGUUAAAAACAAUGAACUUUAACUCCUUUAUGAUGUUGUUGCAUGAAAGGGGUACAACAAGGCCACAGUCUCCUCAAAGGAAAACUUCAGAAGGCUACACUCAUCCAAAGUUACUGGACAGGUUAAGAAAAGUGGAAGUUAUUGUGGAUCAGAUGAUGAAAGGUGCUUUAUAUUAAUCAAAGGGUGCAAUCUAACUUGUGGAUUAUUAAUUACUGUAUUUUAGAAAUGAAAGUUGAUAUUGAACCUGCAAUAAUUAUUAGUCUACCGUUAUGUUUUAAGUCUGUCCAAAAGUGAAAAUGGGGCUUUAAGAAAAAAAAAAGUCUCCAAUGGGGAGAGUUGAAUCCCGGACCUCUGAAGUGUAAGGUCAACAUGUUAUCUAUUGUGCCAUGACAACUAAUAUUGAUUACCCUCGAUAAUUAAUCAUCUUUAACACUUUUGCCCAUGAAAUUCUGCCGGUCAACGCUGUUUGAAGCCGGUAAGAGCUUUAUUUAUGGAGAAUUGAAAGAUAUAUUCGAGGAAAACAAGCAUGGUUUUGACAGUUAAAGCCGUACUUUAACUCAUUUCGUCACAUUUGAAGCGAUUCCUGGCAAUCAAUAAUCAAUAGUUAUGAUUCAACGACAGAAAAAAAUCGUGAGACUCGUGUGGAAUCAUGAGGCAGAAUCAUGAGCUUGGACCAGCUUGGGAGUCAAAGAGCAAUUGCUGGUCUUUUCAUCGUGUUUAUUGCCUUGACGAGUCAAAAAGCUUCAAUAGUUCAUAAACUCCUGUCUCAAAGUUGGCCAUAGUGCUAAUUUGAAACAUUCAAAGUCCACAUGAAUACCAUGGUCCUGUGACUCCUCUGCGAUGUACAAAAUCAGCACAUUAUGGAACGGGAAAGAUCUACGACAGUUGUCAUUUUGAUAUCGGUCGUUUUCGUGCAGGGUCAACUGAUUUACGAAAGGUGUCUACAUCUGAGUGACACAUUUGCAUAUCGCAGUGCCCACAAUAACUUGUUCCUUAUGCUACGCAUAAUCCACAAGUUAAAAACUGUACAGAUAAAUGAAUUCAUUAAAUAUAUAAAUGAGUGUUAAGGUUACUCCUUCAAAUGAGCCAUCCCCUCCCCCUGCCCCCUUCCAGGCUUCUCCAAAAAAUUUAAGCCAUUUACUGCUAGACGAGUGGUUUUUUGGUAACUGAUGUGCUAUAAGGAGCUAAAACUUACCAUAAAGCCUUUUAAAGGUCGUACACUUUGCAGCAUUUUGAUCCAGAUGCAAAAUUUUAGCUUGUGAAGUUCGGGCAUACACAGAAAGCAUAAUUUCAAGACAGUUUUUUUUUCUUUCUGUUGCCUCUGGUGUUUUGCAUUGAAUAUGACUCUUGCAUGAAGAAAAAAAAGUUUUGAGAGAUCCUUUGUUGGCAAAAUAAAGUAGUGCAUUCAAAAUCAUUUCUUUUUUAUUCUAACUUGUUUUAUUUAAUUGCUUUUCAGAGAAUGAUAAACAGUAUCAAGUUAACUGAGGGGCGGCAU